AAGGUAAAUGUAAAAAGACGUUCAUAGACCUUUGCUCAGCAGCACUGGUUGCGUCGGAUAUGCUGUUGACUCUUACUUGCUAAACUUUCUCCGAAAGUCUGCUUUUGCCAGCCCCCUUGUCUGAUUACAUCCUAGUAAUUCUCAGCUGAAUGAACGUCAUUUACAAUAGUAGGGGAGCUCUAGAGCUGACUGCUGCUUCACGCUCCAUUUGCCCUCCAUUCUCCCUUUAAGUAUUCCUGUAAUAUUAAUAGUCAUGAAUAACAAUUAUUCUGAGGUGGUGUAGGAAGGCAGAGGGAAGGGGCAUACGAACAGUUUGAGUCUCGCCUUGGGUUGAAGAGGAUUGUAAAAGGAACCAAGGGGGAAAAAAUCUUCUUUCGUUUUGGGUCAAUUACUGAUGGAUAGUCCUGGAAAUACCUCAAGCCUUGUUUUGCAACCUUCAAGUCUCUUUUGAUUUAUUUAUAAUUUUACUGUGUUUUGUUGCUGCGAAAGAAUUUCUUCCAGAUGUUAGUCCACACAUACUCGGCUAUGGACCGGCAUGAUGGAGUUCCAAGCCAUAGUUCCAGACUGUCUCAGUUGGGAUCUGUAUCUCAAGGACCUUAUUCCAGCGCUCCACCACUCUCCCAUACACCUUCUUCGGACUUUCAGCCUCCGUACUUCCCUCCUCCUUAUCAGCCUCUUCCGUACCAUCAAAGCCAGGAUCCUUACUCCCACGUCAACGACCCUUACUCCCUGAACUCUCUUCACCAACCGCAGCAACACCCCUGGGGGCAGAGACAGCGACAAGAGGUCGGAUCGGAAGCUGGCUCCUUGUUGCCCCAGCCUCGGGCUUCAUUGCCUCAGCUCUCUGGACUGGACCCCAGGCGGGACUAUCCUUCUGUCAGGCGACCAGAUGUUCUGCUUCAUUCGGCACACCAUGGCCUCGACUCUGGGAUGGGAGACAGCUUGUCCUUACAUAGUAUUGCGCACGCUGGAAUGGAAGAAAUUCAAACAGUUGAGGACGCCAGUAACAGUGGCAUGAGUCUUUUGGACCAGUCUGUGAUUAAAAAAGUUCCUGUUCCUCCAAAGAGCGUAACGUCACUGAUGAUGAGCAAAGAUGGUUUAAUUGGUGGAAUAACUGUCAAUAUAAAUGAGGUGUUCUGCUCUGUACCUGGACGCUUGUCCCUACUGAGUUCCACUUCUAAAUAUAAAGUAACCGUAGGGGAAGUGCAAAGACGUUUGUCCCCACCAGAGUGCCUAAACGCAUCUCUUUUGGGAGGAGUGCUUAGAAGGGCAAAAUCCAAAAAUGGUGGAAGAUCCUUAAGAGAGAAACUAGAGAAGAUAGGACUGAAUUUACCUGCAGGCCGGCGCAAAGCAGCAAAUGUCACUUUACUAACGUCACUUGUAGAAGGAGAAGCAGUGCAUUUGGCUAGGGAUUUCGGAUACAUUUGUGAAACUGAAUUUCCUGCUAAGGCUGUAUCAGAAUACUUAAACAGACAGCACACAGAUCCAAACGAGCUUCACACAAGGAAAAAUAUGCUGUUGGCUACAAAGCAACUUUGUAAGGAGUUCACAGAUCUUCUGGCUCAAGACCGUACGCCUUUGGGUAACAGCAGACCAUCUCCUAUUCUGGAACCGGGCAUCCAAAGUUGUUUGUCUCAUUUUAGCCUCAUCACUCAUGGUUUUGGUUCUCCAGCUAUAUGCGCUGCCCUUACAGCUCUCCAAAACUAUCUAACAGAAGCCUUGAAAGGACUGGACAAGAUGUUCUUGAACAACAACACCCCAAACAGGCACACAUCGGGGGAGGGACCAGGCUCUAAGAAUGGAGAUAAAGACGAAAAACACAGGAAAUAAAAUAAUAAUUAUAAAAAAAAGAUUUAUAUAUUAGCUUUAACAUAUUGCAUUUUAUUUGGAAAUGGAAGAUCUACUUAUGUAUGUGUGAGUGUAUAUAUAGUAUAUAUACAUAUAUAUCAUAUACACACACACACAGAGAGCGAGAGAGAGAGAGAGAGAGAAAGAGAACGGCAUUGCGUCAACAAAGUUGAAAAGGAUUUGGUCACCAACUUAAAUUUUAUGUACUGAACUUUUAGCUGGUUAUUGAAACACUCCUUGGUGUGACUUGAAACUAUAUAUCUAUAUAUUCUUUUUUUAUAUACCUUGGAUUCAGUAAAUUCACUGCUCUUUGGGUUGUGGUUCGUCAACAUUUUAAGGAUGAGCAACUUUCUUUCACAGUUUGUAAACUUAUCAUUUUCCCACUGUAUCAUCAAGCAAACAACCCCUUUCCCCUUCCGCCUGUAAGACAAAUUCGUUUGGAUAUUUCAACUUUUCAGGAUGUGCUAUUAUAAUUGUUUCCCUGUUAACUCUUUGGAAAAGAGUUACUGUGAUAGAGCAUAGCCCUUUUUUUCAAUACAAGCUUUAGCUUGUUGUCAUCAACCUUCAUUUUUACUUGAUAAGGUGGGAAAUGUGGAUAUGGGAGAUGCGGGGAGGAGUUUGUGAUAACGUUCAAUACCAGCAUCAGAGCUCUGUUGAAAGUUUGUCCUGGAAUCAUUUUUGUCGAUAUUGUCAGGACACUAUGACAGUUGUUUAAUUAAAAUAUACUUGGCGUAAAUUUGUUCUGAGCAGACUUUAAGAGACUCGGUAUUUUCUCUUAUUCUUGGGGUGUUUAUUUUAAACAGCACUUAAGGGAAAAUAAAAACAUAGCUUUACUAAAUGGGCAUGUACAUGGUAAAAUGACAAAGAAAUGUACUGCAGGUUUACAAAAUUUACAUAUAUAAAAUCGAACUAUUAUAAUGAGACAUGUAUUUCAAGACAAUCUUGGUUUAAAGCAAAAUAUUACACCUUAUGAUCACUCAUAUGAAAUGCAAAAAGUUGCAACUGUAUAAUGAGCGAUCUUAAUGAAACACUUACAAGUAUUUUGGCAUAUUUGUGAAAAGAAUUCUAUGGAGCCAACCGGAAACGCGUGAGCUACUAAGUAACAAUAACUGUGGUUACUUAUGUGAGAUGACAAACGCACGUCAGCACACACACUAACGUAUUGAGAGCAAAGGGCUGCAUUUUAGUUCCUACCGAAGAAGUAUUUAAAGAGGGUGUAUGAUAUUGAAGGUACGAUUCAAUGUCAACGGUAACCAUUCACUUGAAAAACCUGAAAUUACCCAUCUAGUUAUUGUGAAAUGAUUUUAAAAAGACGCUGCUGACAUCUAGCUCCCCUGUUCUGCAUGCUAAGGAUAUAAUUAAAAGAUUAAGUUAAUUACAUUCGCAAUCAUGACUAAAUCACAAGGCGUUUAGUCAGGAUUUUAGUUUUCACCUAACAAGGUAUAUGGAAGGAAGUUAUGUUCUAUAUAACUAUGCUCUUGUAAGGAUAGCUACUGUAUACAUCUAUGUGUGUGUGUGUGUGUAUACACACAUUAUAAUGCACGCCAUGUAGUUUCAAGAAUUGUGUGUAUUACGUAUUCAAAUGCAAAUAUCAAGAUUUGGGAGACAAUUGGAAGGUAAUCAGCAGAUUUCACAAAAGGAAAAACAUUUAGACAAAGACAAUUAAAUGAUUUGAGUAAUUUCCUUUCGUACCAUAUAUUCUAGAUUUUUUGCACCUUUACUAUUAUACCAAAAUUAAAAAAAUAUUUUCAUUUAUUUUGUUACUAGAAUACUAAUGCUUAUACUAGUUCUUCAAAAUAUAACUCUAAAGAAGUAUGCAUUCACAUUAUGAAGAAUUAGUAAAUUAUUGUUUUCUGGGCCACAAUUUAUAUAAUGAAUGUAUAUUUAAAAAUAGAAAUUGAAAAUACUUGAACUGUACCUACAGAGCAUCUUAUAUCAAUGUUCACCUUAUAAUCGUUCCUAAUUAAAACAAUUCAAUCUCAUGAAAGGAAAAUAUGCCAAAAUAUGUGUAAUUCUUUUCAUUUUACAUAUGCGGAUUAUUUCAAUUACCUGCAAUUAGAAGUAAUGAAAAUUACAAUUGAAAAAUCACUAUUUCUUUCAUUGGUUCUCCUCUAGGGGUAAUUUCUGGGAGGGGGUGGGGGGUGGACUGGGUGGGUGAUGUUUGUGUUAAUGUUUGUAUAUAUUUAUUUAUGCCUAAUUUAACGGGAAUUUGUAAAUAUGGUGAGCAAGUAGUUUGGAUUAUUUAUCUGUGAUUAUACCUCUGUGAGUGGGUGAAAACGCUUGGCUUUAGGUAGUAUUUUAGAAGUUUGUUUUUUUUUUUAUUAUUAUUAUUAUUUUUUUCUGUUCUAUAGACAAGUUGUCCUGGUGAUGGGUAGAAAUUGGUUCUUGUCCAGUGAUGAUCUCAUUUAUAUCAAAAUAAACUUUGUGUUUUGUUGUAUUUUA